AUGAGCUUUUUCCUGAUUGCAGGGUUAGUUUACGUUCAUUGUGAAAAUCUCAGUGCAGCAAGCAGGAUUUAUACUUUGUGUUCUAGCGGAAGUGCUCUUAUUGAUGGAAAAUACGCUAUUCACCCAACCUAUGUUAUUCCAGUGUCAGCAGUCACUUCUCCACCUCCUGAAGACAUUCAAUAUGAUUUACAACAAGAAGACAUUACCCCCAUGGAGUCUUCUCCUUUUUCGGAACUCUUUCAUCUCUUGCGCAGUCUAUAUCAUUUUGAGGACGAAAACUCUGAUAUCCUACUUACAGAACGGAUUGAGCAACCGGGAUCGACCUGGAAGGCUUGUGUUCCGCGCUAUGAAUGGAAGGAGAUCCCUCCCAGCGUGAAAGCGCUGCUUCCGUCUCGUUAUGACUGCGUUCUCCUAAAGUGUUUUCGGGGUAAAGAAGCCACUCCGAUCCAUUUAGACCACAACUUGUUCGACUCGCAGCUCACAGCGUUACUUGACGCUGAUCCCACUUCCGACAUCGUUGUUUACAACACACAAACACACUUAUACUUCCGUGAGGGCGUGAGCAUCUCCAACGUCCCUCGCUUUUCCUCUUUUUUGUGGUGUCGUAGCAAAAUCCAAAAGCAAAAUCGUCUGAUCGUUCUGUGUCGUCGAACCUCGCCUGGAUUUACCUGCCGUUGCAACGGAGAGUUGUGUAUCCAGCGAAUCCUCCACGCCUCUGCAGAAAAGGAGGGGAUUCAGAAGGAGUUCGUGGAUCAAGUGGUUCUGGAUAGUUUGUUUUACUCGUUCCACAACGCGAUUCUUCUCGAUACCGGCUGCGGAGACUGCAAAUACAUUUGUAACCACAUGCAGAAAGUGGCGCGGGCGCGGCAAAAUGUGAUUCUCGGUCAAGAUAACAGCGAUGCGAUGCUUCGACUACACAAAUAUCCCGAGUGGAGUCGGUGCUGUUUAGUCCGAAGCGAUAUUUGUAAUCUCUCCAUGGCUUCCAAUCGAUUUGAUGGCGUGCUCAGCAUCUCCGUUAUCCAGCACCUCCCUUCCAAAUACAAGCAGCUCGAAGCCAUUCAGAGUCUCGUUCGUGUUUGCAAACCUGGCGGACGCAUUUUGAUUUAUGUCUGGUCGUUCGAGAAGGAAGACCGCAAGCCGCGCUUCCCCAGUUCCUCUCAAGAUCACUUCCUGACCUGGGAGCUUCCCUCCGCUUCCUCCUCUCCCACCCAAGUGACUCGCUAUUUCUAUCUCUUCCAGCACGGCGAGUUGGACUGGCUCUGCUCCUACGUUCCCUCCGUUCGCCCUCUCCGCCGCUUCUUCGACGGCAAAAACUGGUGUAUCGAGCUUCAAAAACUCUCCCUUCUUUUUUAA